AAAGAUUAUAUUAAGUUGGUUGAGAGUGACACAUAAAGAAAAUGAUAGCUUAGAAAAGCCACCCUCAGCAGCUGUAUAUUUAUAUUUAACUGGAUUUUAGAUUUAUAAUUAACACACAGUGCUCUUUUGAAGUAGGGUCAUGGUAUUGCUGCCAUUGUUUAUAAGAGACAACUGAGAUUAUAGUCAUCUUAAAGCCAAGGGCAGAACUUGGUGGUUUUUUUUUUUUUUUUAAUCCCCUGAGUCUUUUCUGGAGCCCUGGUGGCACAGUGGUUAAGAGUUUGCCUGCUGACCAAAAGGUCAGCAGUUUGAAUCUACCAGCUGCUUCUUGGAAACCCUAGGGGGCAGUUCUGCUCUGUCCUGUAGGGUUGCUAUGAGUUAGAAUUGACUUGAUGGUAACGUGGUUUGAUUAUAGGUCUUUUUUUAGAGUCCCGUAUCAUAUGACCUAUCGCAUCAUUCCCUCUCAGUAUUCAGACCAAAUUGGUUAAAAAGUGGGGUUCACAAAUUAGUUUACAUAAAGUUGGUCAAUGAAAAGUCAUUUGACAUUUGUGUUUUCUUGAGACCAGAGUAGUUUGACAGUAAUUUGUCUUCUUUUCUUGUGCCCAGUUGCUUCACUUGGUGAGUUUCUUGAAUGAACUGAACUUUUAAAAAUUCAAAGCUUCAUUAUCAUUAAGCAUCAGAUCAAAAGUUUACCUGAGAAGAAAACUAGCCCAAGUCUUUUAGAAUUUGUACCGGAGCUGAAAAUUCCAGAAGCUUUUGUCAUUUCAUUCAAGAUAAUGAAUAAUUUUCUUUUGGAGGAACACAGGCACACAGUCGAUUCACAGUUAAACUGUAUGCACUUUUCCGUUUGCCUCGCUCCUCCAGAUGAACUAGGAAGACAAUGUCUUCUAAAUGUAUAUAUUUUUGAGGUAAAAUUAUAUUCUUGCUACCCGUAGUCAUUUUUGUUCCUUGGUAUGUUAGAAGCUUAAAGAGGAUUCCCUUGGAAUGUUGGGCUGGAUCACAGAAGACCUUUCUUAUUGGAAGCCGACAUAAAUGGCAUCAGAUUGAAACAGGGAACUUAGGUAUCUCCAUUGCUCAGUAUGUGAUUUUCAGAUAUUUUCUGCUAUUGAUGGUUUGUCUUUUCCUUCUCUUAACAGUGACUUUCUCAGAGCAGAAGCUUUUGAUUUUGAUGUAGUCAGAUUUAUCUUUUCUUUUUAAAUCAUACAUUUAAUGAUGUAUGUAAGAACUCUUUGCCUAACCCAAGGUCAAAAGAGUUUCUCUUAGUUUUCUUUUAGAAGUGUGAUAGUUUAUGUUUUACAUUUAUGUCUGUGAUCAAUUUUGAGUUAAUUUUUGGGGUAUGGUAGAAAAUAUGGGUUGAGAUUUAUUUAUUUUUUGCAUGUAGGUGUUAAACUACCCCAAUACCAUUUGUUGAAAAGACUGUCCUUUCUCCAUUGAAUUGCCUUUGCAGUUUUGUUAAAAAAAAAUCAGUUGAAUCUGUUUUUUCAUUCUGUUUUCUGUUUUAUUGAUCUGUGUGUCUGUCCUUUUGUUAGUUCCACACUGUCUUGAUCAUCAUAGCUUUAUAAUAAGUGUGUUCUUCAACUUUUUUUUUUUUAACCAUUUAUGGUCCUGAUAGAGAUGAUAUUUUACACUUUAAGUAAAAUUUAUAGGCCUUAAUAUAGUUCCCCUUACCCUCUCCCUUUUAUGUUAUAGUUCUCUCAUUUAUUACUUCUACAUACAUUGAGAGGAGCCCUGGCGGCACAGUGGUUAAGAGGUACAGUGAGCUACAGCUGCUAACCAAACGGUCAGCAGUUCAAAUCCACCAGCCGCUCCUUGGAAACCCUAUGGGCCAAUUCUACUCGGUCAUAUAGGGUCACUGUGAAUCAGAAUUGACUUGACAGCAAUGGGUUUGGUUUAGUUUUAUACAUUGAAAAUACUGUUCAACGGCAUUUUAACUUUCAGUGCUGCUACAUAUUUUAAGGAAUUUACGAGGACAAAAAUAUUCUUUUGUAUUUACCCAGAAUUUUACCAUUUCUCUUAUUCGUUCCUAAAGUUCUCUGUUUCCCUCUUAACAUUUACUUUAGCCUGAAGAACUUCCUUUAGCAGUUUUUUCAGAACAGGCAUGCUCUCUACAAAUUCUCUUAGCUUUUUUUCGGAUGAGAAAGUCUUUUCUUUCGUUCCUAUAGAAUAGUUUAACUGGGUUGAGUGUUCUUUUCUUUCAAUACUUCAAAGAUGUUAUUCCAUUAUUCUUGGGCUGCCGUGGUUUCUGAUGAGAUAUUUACGGUCAAAUACAUAAUGCGUUGUUUUCCUCUGGCUGUGUCGUAGUUAUCUAGUGCUGCCGUAACAAAAAUACCACAAGUGGGUGGUUUUGACAAACAGAAGUUAUUUUCUCAUAGUUUGGGAGGCUAGAAGUUCAAAAUCAGGGCGUUAGCUCUAGGGGAGGGCUUUCUCUCUGUGGGCACUGGGGGAAGUUCCUUGUCUCUUCAGCUUCUGUUCCCUGAUUCCUUGGAGAUCUCUACAUGGUCUGUCUUCUGCCAUCUUUGCUUGCUUAAUCUGCUCCUUUUAUAUCUUGUAAGAGAUUGACUGUAGAUGCACCCUACACUAAUCCUGCCUCAUUAACAGACAACCCAUUCCCAAAUGGGAUUAUAAUCACAGGCACAGAGGUUAGGAUUUACAGCACAUAUUUAUUUUUAGGGGACACAAUUCAAUCCAUAACAGGUUGCUUUCAAGACUUUUUCUUUUCUUUGGUUUCGACAUUUUGAUAAUGAUGUCUUUAGGUCCUUUUUUGGUCUUUGUUUUUUCGAGUUUAUCAUGUUUGGGGUUUGUUGAGGUUCUUGAGUCUAUAAAUUUGUUUUUUUUUUACCAACUAUGCUAAGUUUUUGGCCGUUAUUUCUUCUACACCAAUCUGUCUCUUUCUUCAUUUUAUCUUGAACUCCACAGACAUAGUUGUUAGACCUUUCGAUACUGUUCCACAGACCCUUGAGGCCCUGUUCAGUUUUUUUUCCAACUUUUUUUUUCUUGUUCAAAUGGGAUAAUUUCUAUUGACCUAUCUAUAAAUUCGCAGCGUUAGGAUUGGAGGAAGACUCAUUAACAACCUGCAUUAUGCAGGUGACACAACCUUGCUUGCUGAAAGUAAAGAGGAUUCGAAGCACUUACUAAUGAAGAUCAAAGACCACAGCCUUCAGUAUGGCUUGCACCUCAAUAUAAAGAAAACAAAAAUCCUCACAACCGGACCAAUGAGCAACAUCAUGAUAAACGGAGAAAAGAUUGAGGUUGUCAAGGAUUUCAUUUUACUUGGAUCUACAAUCAGUACCCAUGGAAGCAGCAGUCAAGAAAUCAAAAGAUGCAUUGCAUUGGGCAAAUCUGCCGCAAAAAACUUCUUUAAGGUGUUAAAAAGCAAAGGUGUCACCUUGAAGCCUAACGUGCGCCUGACCCAAGCCACGGUGUUUUCAAUUGCCUCAAAAAAAAAAAAAAAAACCAAACCCAGUACCAUCGAGUCAAUUCUGACUCAUAGCGACCCUAUAGGACACAGUAGAGCUGCCCCAUAGAGUUUCCAAGGAGCACCUGGCAGAUUCGAACUGCUGACCCUUUGGUUAGCAGCUAUAGCACUUAACCACUACGCCACCAGGGUUCAAUUGCCUCAUAUGCAUGCAAAAGCUGGAUGAUGAAUAAGGAAGACCGAAGAAUUGAUGCCUUUGAAUGUGUUGGCGAAGAAUAUCGAAUAUGCUGUGGACUGCCAAAAGAAUGAACAGAUCUGUCUGGAAGGAGUAUGAGCAGAUGCUUCUUAGAAGCAAGGAUGGUGAGACUUUAUCUCACAUACCUCGGACAUGUUAUCAGGAGGGAUUAGUCCCCGGAGCAGGACAUCAUACUUGGUAGAGGGUCAGCGAAAAAGAGGUAGGCCCUCAACGAGAUGGAUUGACACAGUGGCUGCAACAGUGGGCUCAAGCAUAACAACGAUGUGAGGAUGGCGCAGGACUGGGCAGCAUUUCGUUCUGUUGUGCGUAGGGUUACUGUGAGUGAGUCAGAACCAACUCGGCAGCGCCUGCCUACCAACAACAUCUGUAAAUUCAUAGACUCUAUCCUGUGACAUCUGCAUUCUGCCAUUAAGCUUAUUUAGUGAAUUUUUCAUCUCAGAUACUGUAUUUUUCAGUUCUAAUUUUUUUUUUUAAUAAUUUCUGUUUCUUUCCUGAGAACUUUAUUAUUUCUUCAUUUCCAGAAUGUCCACAUUUGCCCUGUGUUGUUAUAAUAGCUCCUUUGCCUGAUAACGGUAACAUCUGUGUCAUCACGGAUUUGACAUCCGUUGAUUAUCUUUUCCCUUGAGAAUGAGCCAUAUUUUCCUAGUUGAGGUAAUUUUAGGUUGUAUCAUGGAAAUUUUGAAUAGUAUGUUGCUUAGUCUUUGGGUCCUGCUAAAAUCCUAAUGUUGAUUUUUUUUGUUUUAGCAGAUAAUCAACCCAACUAGGGUCAGACUUCAGGUCUGCCAGGCGUUCCAUGGGUGAGGAUUUUAGUGUUAGUGUAGUUUUUUUGAGCCUUUGCUCUUCCGCUUUGGGUUUUUAUUGUGUAUCAGACUGGGGUGUGGCUUAACUUGUUCACUUCCCAGUGUCUUUGCUGUGUUGUUUUGGGUCUGUUCUAUGCAUGGAUAGGUCAUGGUGAGCCUGGUAUUUGUUCUGAUUCAUACGUAAAUCUAGGGGAUCCCCUUCUCUAGCUUUCUCUUCUCUGGGAUUCCUUCCAUACUUUCUGGCCCACAGGAGCCCCUUUUAUUGAUCCUGUGGCCACAAGUAUUCAGUGUCUCAAAGUUUUACCUAUGUGUGCAGUUGUUAUUAGGGCACCCUGGAGGCAAAGCAGGGAGAGGGGGAAAAAAAAGGAUUCCUCAGGACUCUUUGGACCACAGAGGCUCCUUUCCUUAGUUCCUCUGGUCAGAAAGUGCUUUAACUGUUGGCAGCACCCACUGUCAGACUCCAGUGGGGACUUGCUCUGAGUUGUGAGAGAAAAGAGGGGGAGUGGAUUCACCUGGGUCUCCAGGUCUCAACAACUUCCUUCCCCAAUCAAUCAUCUUGCCAGAAAGAUGGAUAUUCUCUUGGCGUUUUAGCUGCCUGUGGAGCUACUGCUACGGCUCUGCUAAGGGCCUGCCUUGGGCUCAAGGCCAUGAGAGAGAAUAGAAAAAAGCAACAAGAAGCUUACAGCCCGUACCCCAACUGGUUCUUCAAGCUUUGUUUCCCUCCCCAGUCCACCUACUUUUGUUUACUUUUCAGAGUCCUCAGGUGGUGGUUUUAGUAUUUUGUUCAGAGGUUUUUCAUUGUGAUCAGUGGAGGGAUAGGCUUCGGUGGAUUUACUCCAUCUUGCUUACACAGAAGUCUUAAUGCUUGAUUUUCAAGGCCUUUUCUCAGCAGUUUGUCUGCACUGGCGUUUUGCUUCCUGACUGCUAACAUCUUUUUGGGUACAAAUAUGGACCUGGCUGCCAUCAAGAAACCCACAAAUAGGAAUCAUCCUGGGUCUAACUUUCCUAGUGCUGCGGUAACAAAAAUAUCACAAAUGCGUGGCUUUAAAGAACAGAAAUUUAUUGUCUCACAGUUUGGGAUGCUAGAAGUUUGAAUUCACGGCACUGGCAGGGGCAGUUCUCUGCCUCCUGUCUUUUAGUGGGUGCCGGUGAUCCUUGUUGUUCCUUUGCUGCUUAUAGGUGCAUCUGUCUUCAUCCUAACAUGGAGUUCCUGCCCCUGUGCUCCUUCCAGCAGACCUGCUGGUCUCUGAAUUGCCCCCAGGAUUACCCUUUCCUUGGAGGACAACAGGUGUUCGUAGCCAUGUUGCUCUCUCAUUUCAUUUCCUGCCUGUGGCAUUACGGGAAUCACACAGCUUUCUUUCAUUUCAUCUAAUCUCUGCUCCUUUCAGUCUAAACUGCUAAGAUGGUUGAUUGGAUCCAUAGGUUACAUGCCUGUCUUCAGGUUCAGCUUUCGUUUUGCUUAACAGUUUGUUUCUCAACCUGUCUCUUUCUUCUCACGUUUUAUAAUAUGCAGCAAGGAGAAACUUUACCACACCUUCAAGAUGUCACCUAAAAAUCUCCUCAAUUAAAUAUCCAAGUUCAUCACCUACAAGUUCUGCCUUCCAUAAAACAUUCGAAUGUGACUCAGACAAGUUCUUUGCUACUUUAUGACAAGGAUCACCUUUUCUCCAGUGUCUGAUAACAUGUUUUACCUUUUUUUUUAGGCUUUACUGGAAGCACAUUUAGCAUCCGUGUUUCUAGCAACAUUCUGUUCGUGACUGUAGGAGCUGUAGUUUCUAUAAGUUUCUUUAUUUCUUUCUGAGCCCUCAUCAGAAUUGCCCUAAUGUCCAUAAUUCUACCAGUAGUCUUUUCAAGGCAAUCUUGGCUUUUACUAUCAAGUGCCUCAAAACUUCCAGCCUCUACCUAUUACUCAAUUCCAAAGCUGCCUCCACAUCUUUAGGUAUUUAUCGCAGCACCACCCCCAGUCUCCAGUUAGAAAUCCUGUCUUAGUUUCUUUGUGCUGCUGUAACAAAGAUACCACCAGUGGGUGGCUUUACAGAAGAGGACUUUAUUGUCCCACAGUUUUGGAGGCUAGGAGUCCCAUUCAUGGCAUCAGUAGGGCUGUGCUCUGUUUAGGAGGAGCUCGUUCUUGUCUUAGUCACUCUCUGGCAGCCCUGGAUGUUUCUUGGCGUUCCUUGGCUUGUAGACAGAUUCUCGUAUGGCAUCUUCCCCACACACCCAAUCUCUCAAUAGUAAACAGUUGUGUAGCCACACCCUGGUAUCCUCUCCUGAGCAUGUCCCUUACUUUUUACACUAGAAUUUUCCACCUCUCUCAAGUUGGGCCGUAAUCUGUGUAAAUUUAAAGCAGACUCUAAUAUUCAGAGCCCCCUUUCUCCAUUUUUGACCCCAAAUUUGAAGAUUUAUAAACUCCUUUGUGACCUUUUACUCACUACCUUUCAUUAAGUGGUUAGUUUCUAGGUUUUUAUGUAGGUUAUCCGUGAUUCUAGGAGUCCUUGGGUGGCACAAAUGCUUAAGAGUGUUUGAGUAGUAGCUGAAAAGUUGGCUGUUCAAACCCACCCAACAGUGCCUCGGGAGACAGGCCUGUUGAUUUGCUUCUCAAGGCUUAUAGCCUUGAAAACCGUAUGGAGCGGUUCUGCUCUGUACCCAGGGGGUGGCAUUACGAAUCACCUUGAUGGCAACUAACAACAAAUAACAAAAUCCUUGAUUAGGCCGGGAGCAGAAGCUGCAGGCACUGUUGUUCUAUAGGCAGCCAGUAGGGGGAGCUGGCAGGCUUCUUUCACUGUGGCUGGGCCUGGAGGGAGCUGACCCGGCCAGCCCGAUGGAAUUCAUAGGGCGUCGAUGCCCGAUGACCCAGAAACUUGCCUGUCAAAUACUAUGAAGAUCUAGACCAUCUAGUGUUAGGCAGUGUGGCUUAUGAGAAGAAUCACAUUUAUGUCAGGAACUGCUGAGGUGCUCCUUAAUCCCUGUGUCUGAAUAUCCACUGGUAGGCUUUUUUCCUCCAUCAUCCUCUCAGGGAUAGGAGAUUCAAGAUAAUAGCUCUCAACUGGUCCAGUUCUAUUAGUGCAAACUGCUGCUCCAUUAAUUCGCUUAAUACCUCCACGACUAGAGUCCUCGAGGGUAGUUGAGGAACCAUAUUUUGUUUAACGUGAUGAUCUUACUCGGCCUAACGGUAGUGUUGGCAUGCAGUCUGAAGCCACUCUGGCACUGACUCCCCUGUCAGUUCUCCUACAGCAUGUUACUUCCCCCAGAGCAUUUGGCUCCUAGUCAUUUUAAGUUUUUGCAUGAGGCAUUUCAUUUUCAAGGAACCGCAGCCUGGCUCGCAGCCCCAGCUCUUACCCUAAGCUCUCCUCCCUGAGAUGUGCAGCCAUUCUGUCAGGAAUAGAGGGAGCGCUUGCUUUCAAGUCCUAAGACCAGCUUACCAAAAACCAAAACCAUUGUCAUUGAGUGGAUUCCGACUCAUAGUGACCUUAGAGGUCAGAGUAGAACUGCCCCAUAGAGUUUCCAAGGAGUGCCUGGUGGAUUUGAACUGCUGACCUUUGGGUUAGCAGCUGUAGUACUUAACCGCUACGCCACCAGGGUUUCCAUAAGCCCAGCUUAGGCAGGCCUAAAUAACCGUUGCUAGGAGUGCCCCUGAAAGGACUUUUCUGUGCACAGAGUACUCAUGGGGCUUGGCACCAUAGGUGAGCCAUGUACCUUGGGACCAGCAAAGUGCAGAGGAGAUGGGUUGUCAGCUUUCCCUCAUCUCUGGGGUGUGGUUACCCCAUCUCUUUCGGGGCCUGGAACUUUGCCUCACGUCUCCCUGGAGUUCUCCAGUUCUCUUUCCCGUGGGUUUCUCCUGGAAGCCAGUCGUCUUUCUUUAAGUUAUUCUUCCUAUUGUGCUUAUCUCAUGCCAGCUUGGUCUCCGGUGUUGGGGAUACAAAAUAAACUAUAAGUGGUGUGCUAGUUGGGGCACAGUGGAGAGACACUGAGGUGUCAGCAUUGACUGUAUCAUCCUGUCUACAGGAGGUGAUGUGGUUUUGAUAUAACGGAAGAGUCAGCCAGAUGCAGGUGAGGAAGUGCUUGCUAAGCCGAGGGAGUACUCUGUGCUAAGGCACAGAAUCAGGCAGUAGCCUGGUGCUUCCCUGUGUAGUUUGGCUUGACUGGGAUAUGAGUGCUUAGGGAAGGUGGCGGUGUGUGAACCUAGAGAGACUGACAACGGCCAGAUUUCAAGUGGUCUGGGGACCUGAGGACUUGAAUAAGGAGGUUCAGGUUCCUACCACAGUCUGUCAGAACAGUGAAAGGAUUACAGACAAGAUAAUGAGAUGACUAGGUUUUCGCUGUUCUAUUUGUAAGGGAGUCCCUGGGUGUUGCAAGCAGUUAAUGCAGUUAGCUGCUAACGGAAAGAUUGGAGGUUCGAGUCUACCCAGAGGCAUCUUAGAAGAAAGACCUGGUGAUCUACCUCCAAAACAUCAGCCACUGAAAAUCCUAUGGAACACAGAGCUGAAAAGCUUCAGCUGCUGAAUCACAGGCCUAUGACUGCUGUUGAGAUCCAGCUGAUAGUGGAGGAGAGCGAGGAGCGGCUCACUGAGGAGCAGAUCGAGGCGCUGCUCCACACUGUCACCAGCAUUCUGCCUGCCGAGCCGGAGACGGAGCAGCAGAAGAGUGCUGACGACGCAGCAGUGGACGGAGAGGACCCAGCAUAGAGUGCAGCUGGCCCGGCGUCACAGAGCCGCCGUCGUUUCCCAGAACUUCAGAGGAUUGUUUAUUUGGUUUUGCCCUCUAUCCUGACAGGUCUGAUUUCAUGGUUAGUUGGGUACAUCACAAAAAUUCGUCUUUCCCCAAAAUAAGCUAAAAAGGAAGCGUUGUGCCUCAGGGAGAAGAAGCCUGGUGAAGACUUGGCAGGGCAGAGAGCUAGAGAGGGAAGGACAGAGUCAAGGAGGACGACGACUGUGGACCCCUCUGGCAAGAAGAGUUCUUCCCUGCCUUAGCUACACUGUGUGGAGGUCCCCCACAGCUGGUAAAAUGCUCGCGUUUCCUGUGAUGGGCUGCGACCUAAUUAGUUUCACCUGCUUCCCUAGGACCUUCCAACGCCCCAAGCAGGGGCCCAGAGCACUGCUGAUAUCAGAACUGGUUUAUGAGAAUCCCGUGAAAUGGCUAAAAACUUCCAGAGCAGCGGAUAGCUGCCCUAGGUUAAAAGGGGCCAGUGAACUUGGCUCCUCACAGAGGAAUCUGUUCCUGGAAAGCAGCAGAGAUAAGAACAGAUGGGCCUGGCCAACCCUUCGUCAGAUCUGCAGCCCCUUUCCUUUGCUGGCCUGGGCCUUGUUGUCGGCACGGCUCACUGUGUAGUCUAAGGUGUUAGGGCACCAGCUCAUGCCAGCUGAAAAGAGACACUUCAGUCUGAAUGACAGUGGCCCCCGAGAUACUUGGUACGUGUUGGCUGCCUUUCUGACAGCUCUCAGUUCCCUCAAGACAGGAGGCCCUGGGAGGGACCUCCGUUGGAGGCCAGGUGAGGCACACCCCCGCACGUUCUGCCAAGGGCAGGCUUUGGCCUUUCGUGGACAGAAGUGGAAGAACUAGAGGUUGGUUAGGAAGCGUUUUAAUUUGUUUACAAUUGCAGGGUUGCAUCAGUGUUUAAAAUGUUGGGAUGAUCACCAUGUGAAGAGCUUGUUAAUAUUUAGAUGUCGGGAAGUUGAGUAUCUCCAGGCAUGUGGUUGCCCUAAGACCCGGGAAGAUUGCUAAAAAUCUGGUUUCCCUUGUUUGCUCUGUUCCCUGUUUGGAGAAGAAAAUGCCCAUAGGUGUUCAUUUUCUAAGUUGGCACCCAUUUUGUUGUAAUAUUACAUAUUUUCAAUGAUACUGCUAGUUGGAUUACUCCCCCUUGCAGCUCUGGGGUUAUCUCAGGUCCAGUCCCCACCCCUUACAAACCUCUGCAGUUACGUCAGCCUGACCCUCAUCAUCUGAGGAACAACAGAAAUCUGCUUACAGGCAACGCUGCCGUUUACAGGAGGUUUCAUUUGACAUCUUUCUGGAGUAUUGGGCAUUUGACUUAUUGAUGUAUCUGUCAAUGUGUACCUCUGUCAAUGUGGUCUCAUUUUAACCUGAAGUGUGUUUAGGUGCUUUUUCUGAACAGGCUUGGGGCUCCAUCUAGGUAAUAAAUUGUUGCCAAGUGACUGCCAACUUGGGAAGUUUUAUAAAUCUUUAAACAGCCUGUUUACCAUAGGUAAAAAUAAAGUGAAAUCUAAUUUAAAGGCUGAACUAUCUGAUUUUUUUUUGUUGUUGUUUGAAGGUUGAAUCUAUUUAGAUCUAUAUUUUGUAUUGGAUUUCAAGAAAAUUUCCUGUUUCUGUAAUUGGGACCUGAAUUUAGCCUCAGUUUCUGAUUGAGCUAAGCAGGCCCUGGAAGGGUUCACCUUUACAAGAAACACAUAUUCUAUGUAAAGUUCCUGUCCCACCAAUAAUAAAUAUUUCAGAAAUAAAAAGUCAAAAUUUCCAUAAGUCCCAUCUGGGGAGGAAAACUGGGAGCCUAGGAGACUUGCUUUUCAUUUUAUAUCCUCCUGUACUGCUGCAGUUUUGGGCCCUGUGAAUGUUUUAUCCUUCAGAAACAGAAGAAAAGUAUUUACAUUUGCAUGUUGUCCUUGGCCUCGGUAAGUAGUUACUGAAUGUGUAGUUGACAGUUAAAUCCCAUCCCAGACCCAGGCUGAGGCCCAGGCCAGUCACUGUGGGCUCUUCCCUUCUGGAGGGCGGCACCGCAGAGAGCUGGGCAAGAAAGGCAGAGCGUUUGAGAACUCACGCCAGCGUCGGGCUGCCAUGAUGGUAGCUGGGUGUUUUAUGUUUCGGUCCACCAGCCUUCCUUUGUUAUUCCAGACUUUAGUAGGUUCUCAAUUCACCAGCCAAAGUAAAA